AUGCCUUUCUUCAAGCAGGCCUCCCUGGCCUGGAUGUUCGUUUGCUCUGCGCAUCCAUCUGUGGCCUUCUUCAAAGUACCUUGCAGCUCACCCCUGGUGAUUCAACGAGCAGACCCAAUCGUCUCACCUGGUGUUGCGUCUAACCAUGUUCACACUAUCAUGGGUGGAUCCGGCUUCGGAUUCACUAUGAACUACGACAUGACUCAGACAUCCAAGUGCAACUCAUGCUCAGCGAUUGAAGACAAGUCCAACUACUGGGUUGCCGCGCUGUACUAUCAUGCCCAGAAUGGAAGCUUCCAUCAAGUGCCUCAGAAUGGUGGAGCUCUCAUCUACUACGAGCAGAGACCUGAUCCGUCUACCAACGGUAAGAUCGUUGCACCACCAGCUGGGUUCCGCAUGAUCGCUGGAAGUCCCUUCGACCGCAGCGACAAAGGCACAAUCGAGACUCACGCUCGAAGCUUUGCCUGUCUUAACUACAACGCCCCGGGCACCCCCAGACUUACGUGUCCCAAUGGUAUCCGCGCUCAGGUCUACUUCCCUUCGUGCUGGGACGGAGUCAACCUGGAUAGCCCUGACCACAAGUCUCAUAUGGCCUAUCCUACCCAGGAUUACGACAACGGCCCUUGCCCCGCAACCCACCCAGUUCGCAUUAUCUCGAUCUUCAUCGAGGUCACUUGGCACACCGAGCAAUUCGAUGACAUGUGGUAUGGCGACAAGCAACCAUUUGUCUUUUCGUUCGGUGAUCCCACUGGAUACGGAAUACACGGAGACUUCCUUAAUGGUUGGGACGUUAAUGUCCUCCAACAAGCGAUCGAUACUUGCAAUGAUGGCGGUGGUGAUAUCACGCAGUGUGCGCCUAUUCACAUGCAGCCCGACUGGGUUACCGAUGGCUGUAUCGUUGAGCGCUCAAUCGACGAGCAGGUCGAUGGUUGGCUCGAUGCACUCCCUGGAUGCAAUCCUAUCCAGGAUGGCCCCGGGGAUGCUCAUGUUGUGACUGGAUGCAAUGCGCCUACUCAGAUUGGCCAGCCUCUGCAUUACUACACCGAUCUGACAAGCAAGGGAUGGCAGUGGAUGGGAUGCACUCGGGAUAACGUUGGCGGCGUGCGUGUCCUGACUGGUUCAAUGGCCGGAAUCUCUGAUAUGACCCCGGAAAAGUGCGUUGACGUGUGCAAUGCUGCUGGCUAUUCUAUUGCUGGUGUUGAGAAUCAGCAUGAGUGCUUCUGUGGCAACAGCCUCGCAGGUGAUAUGCCCACGGUUACCCCUAUGGGUAACUGCCUGAUGACAUGUGCUGGUGAUGAACUCCAGAACUGUGGAGGAUAUGGGUUCAUCGGCUUGUACCAGAAGUGCCAGGGCAACUGCAACAACUUGCAGUACCCCGUCGUUCCUCACUAG